UGAAAUCCCCGAGCCGCGACGGUGACUGUCUCUACCAGGAGGAUGGGACCAUGGAGUCCGGGGCCCUGCUCCUGCUGCUCGCGGGGUCCCUGGCCCUGACCGAGACCCGGACAGGCUCGCACUCCCUGACUUAUUUCUACACCUCGGUGUCCCGGCCCGGCCUGGGGGUGCCGCACUUCAUCGCCGUGGGCUACGUGGACGACACGCAGUUCAUGCGCUUCGACAGCGACGCCGCGAGUUUGAAGGCCGAGCCGCGGGCGCCGUGGAUGCAGCAGGUGGAGCCGGGGUACUGGGACCGGCAGACCUUGCGUGCCAAGAACACCGAGCUUUUUUUCCGAGUAAACCUGCAGACCCUGGGCGGCUACUACAACCACAGCGGGUCUCACACCCUCCAGUGGAUGUACGGCUGCGAGGUCGGGGCGGACGGGCGCUUCCUCCGCGGGUAUGAGAAGUUCGCCUACGAUGGCGCCGACUACAUCACCCUGAACGAGGACCUGCGCUCCUGGACCGCGGCGGACACAGCAGCGCAGAUCUCCAAGCGCAAAUCCGAGGAAGCCAGCGAGGCGGAGCGCCACAGGGCCUACCUGGAGGGGGAGUGCGUGGAGUGGCUGAGCAGAUACCUGCAGGACGGGAAGGAGACGCUGCAGCGCGCAGACCCGCCCAAAGCCCACGUGACCCACCACCCCGCCUCUCACCGGGAAGCCACCCUGAGGUGCUGGGCCCUGGGCUUCUACCCCGCGGAGAUCUCACUGACCUGGCAGCGGGAUGGAGUGGACCAGACCCAAUACGUGGAGCUCGUGGAGACCAGGCCUGGGGGCGACGGAACCUUCCAGAAGUGGGCGGCUGUGGUGGUGCCUUCUGGGGAGGAGCAGAGAUACACGUGCCGUGUGCAGCACGAGGGGCUGCCCGAGCCCCUCACCCUGAGAUGGGAGCCUCCUGCUCAGCCCACUGUGCUCACAGUGGGAAUUGUUGUUGGAGUUCUUGGAGUUCUUCUGAUCCUGGGAGCUGUGGUCGCUGUUGUGAGGAGGAGGAAGCUCAGCUCAGAUAGGAAAGGAGGGAGAUAGGCUCCGGCUGCAGGUGGCCACAGGGACCAGGGCUCUGAUGAUUCUCUCCUGGCUGUGAAAGCGUGAGGCCAUGGCCUGUGUGGGACUGAGCGAUGCAGAUUCGUGCAGGCCCCGUCUUUGUCCUCAGAGCCCGGCUCACCUUGAGCGCAUCAGCUCCAGGCCCGCCCUGCCCGUGUGGGCGUCUCCGUCCUGUCUCAGAUCCCCAUGCACUGCGCUGCAGCUCCUUCCCCAUUCAGUCUGAAUAACGAUUUAUUUUUCCAGUUCUUGUCA